ACAAGUUUAACUAGGCUGAACAGAAGUAUACGUAUAAAAGUGGCAUACAUUUAAAUGGGACUCGGUGUCAUUUCAAAAUCGGUAUUUCAGUCAUUAUCGUUGCUGUUAUAUACACGAGUUUCACAAAUAAGUUUAAUAGAAUGAUUAUUAAUAAUAAAUAUUACAAUGCUAUUUGUAUUAAUAUCAACGGCAUGGGUUCUGUUGUCAAUUCAUACGGAAUAUACACUUGGACAAACGACCUGGAAUAUGCAUGACGCAUGUGGAACAGUAAUAUCAAAGGCUGACCUUGCAGGGGAACUACAUUUUGAUGCGGAACAACUUCCAGUUAAUUUACCGGGACAUUCGUGUAAAGUUACUAUUACACCGCUUAAACUAGAUAACAAAGAUGGAAUGGUGCUGUUUUAUUUCACAACAUUCAGAUUUGAAGAUUCUUGCGAGAAGAUGAAUGUAACAGUAAUUGACGGCGACUCAAAUUAUGACAACGUCGUAAAUGAUCUUCCAAGAUACCUUUGUGGUGUAAACACGUUAUUGGAAAGAAAAGGCCAGUUCUUCAGCUCCAGCGGGAGGAGUCUGAAAGUCAUUUAUAAUGCAGACGAAAGUGGAGUGAACAAACCGGGAACAUUUAUUAUGAAAUUUGUUUCUUAUCAUACAGGUAGUUGUUACGGAAGUGAUGUACACGAAUGCAGCAAUGGUCAUUGUGUAUCGAAAGAAUACGCAUGCUCCAGUGACUUCGACGUGUGUGGUGACACCGAUUCUAAUUGUGGAGUUGCUGAAACAUCUGAGGCGGUCGCCUCAGAGUCUGUAGCUGCAACGAUAUUCAGCGUUAUUGCAGUCAUUAUUUUUGUUUUGUUUACAGUAUUUGGAUUUUGUAUGGUGCAUAGGAACGGUCGAGGAGGUAGCGGAUGUGGAUGUCUUAGGGAAAUAUGCGAAUGUGUCUGUGAAUGUGCUGGAAGAUGUUGUGAAGGGAUUGCGGAUAUAUGUGCAAACUGUUGCAGGUGUACACGAGAGAAAUGUAGUUCAUGUGGCGAGUCCAUAGGCACUUUUAAAACUUCAUGCGGUGAUCAUUGCGCAGAAUGUUGCCAAAGCAUAAGAAACAAAUGCUCUGGGUGUGCCUUGUUUAGGGAAAUGAAUAACCAUGACACCAAUAAUCGCUCUGCGUCGAACCCUUCUGGAUCGCCUGGUGAUGCCAAUAUAAUGACGUCACAACCUACGUCAGUACAAGGGGACAGUUUACCAGCCGUAAUGGCAAGCGACACUUCUUCAACUUCAUCGAAUUCAGACUGGGAAAGUGAGAAUGAUGUCGCCUCUAACAAUCACGCGACACCAUCCGCUCCUCCGAUGCAAAACCUAUCUGUGGAAGAUCCACCACCUUCCUAUGAUGAAGCUGUUGCACCUUCAUACAAGGACUACGUUGCAAACAAAGAACGAUAUGCAAAACAUAAACAUAAAAGAAAAAAGUAAAGUACAUAUCU